AUGGUCUUUAAAAAUCUUGAUGAAAUUUUGCCCGACAUCAUUCACGACCUUCUUUCGUACGACGAAUUGAAGCACAAAAAAGUUCUCGACGAAUAUUUCGUUGAGAAUGCCAAGCUCACACAUCCGCUGUUGACGAUCGAAGGCACGUAUAAUAUAAGAAAGGUGUUUCGUGUGUGGACUUCGUUAAACGCUGAAGAGCCGACGAUAGGGGAAACUUAUGUUAUAGAUCCUCAGUUGUUCGUUUCUAACCCUUUUGAUGGACUUUGUAGUGGCCAAACAGCUGUCGUACACACAGUCCAACACUUUCGACCUCGCAUCAUGCCUUUCAUACACCUACAAGUUCCCGCGAUCACCACCCUAAAAUUCCGACAAACCAACGACGACCGAAUAGUCGAAAUCUACCACCAAGAAGACACGUGGACCCUCGAAGGCUUAAUUCAAAGCGUGCCAAUUGUUCACUGGUGGUACGAGAACAUCGUGCGCGUGGUAAUGGGAAAACUAUUUAGUGGCGUCGGAUCGUUCAUCUAUACAGCGAAUAAAGCGUCCUCGCGUUUGAAUUCGAAUGUGGGCGAAAUUAGGGUCAUGUCGUCAGAGGUUAUCGCUCCGUAUCAGGAACGAGCGCAGAGGAUUAUCUCGCCGUAUUCGGAACAAGCGACAAAGUUCGUUGAACCGUAUUCGGCUACCGCACGAGAUAUUAUUAACAAGGGCUCGAAUAAAGUGCAUGAUUUGACUGUGAAGACGAAAGCUAUGAUUGAGAAUGCGCAGGAGGAAGUUAUUUCAAAGAUUUCGCAAGUUAGAGGUUCACCGCCGCCACUUGCUACUCCUUCAUCUCCUACUACUCUUACUUACCCAACUGUUAAUGAAUAA